AUGAUAUCAAACGAUGGAGAAUACUUUGUUUCAGAUAUAGAGAAACACAAUACACUCGAGGAUGCUUGGGUAACGAUGGAUGGUAAAUGGAUACCAACAAUUUCAUAUACAUUCUACGUAUCAGCAACUCAAUCAAAUUCAUCGCUUUUAUUCUCAACAUUUGUAUUUUUCUUUGGAUUGUUUUCGUGGUCUUUCAUCGAGUAUAUUCUGCACAGAUUCGUAUUUCACAUUGAGACAUCAUCGUACUGGGGUAACUUCUUCCACUUUUUCAUUCAUGGCAUUCACCAUCUAACCCCAUACGAUUCAACAAGAUUAACUUUUCCACCAACUUUUUCUGCUUUAAUUGCUGUAGGAUUUUGGAAACUAUUCCAACGAUUCCCAGAUUCAUUACAAGCCAAUGGAUUCAAUUGGGCACUCUAUGGUGGUAUUGCAUGUGGAUACAUGUUGUAUGAUACUAUUCACUACUACUUCCAUCACGGUGACAUCUCUUGGUUCCCAGCAAAGUUGAAGGAAUUCAAAACCAAUCAUCUUAAUCACCACUACAAGGAUGACACAAAGAACUUCGGUAUCACUUCAACUAUUUUCGAUAUAAUAUUUGGUACUUAUUAG